GCGGGGACGCGGCCUAUGGCGGCGCGGUUGCCAUGGCCACACGCUUCCCGCGGGAGGCGGCCAUGGAGGGACCCGAGGAGGCGGCGGCCGGCGAGGGAGCUCUCAGCGGUGCCCAGAAGGAGAAGCUGAGGGAGAAGCUGGCGCUGCUGAGGAGGGAGUACAGCGAGACCGUCAGCCGGCUGCGGCGGGCGCGGCGAGCCGAGCGAGCCCGGAGCCACGGCCGGGGGGCGGCGGAGGAAGGCAGCCGGGGGGAGUGGAGCCCCGCAGGUUCUAGAGAUAAUGUAUCUCCUAGUGCUGACAAACACGAAACGUCUCAGGUACAGACUAAAACCUGCUCUAAUCCUGAUGCAGAGAAGAAAACAUCUGUCACAUUUAAACACGUUCCCGAAUUCUCCGAUAAUGAGGUUAGCUUGCCAGACAGCUCGCAGACAGAAAGUGUAUGGGCUAGCCAGGAAAACCUGUGCUCUGGAAUCGUUAGGCCUGCUCCUGACGAGAAAAAACCCCAAACCUCCAGAUGCUUGAUGAAGCUGAGGAGACGGGCAAAGGCUCCAGUAUCAAAGGAAAGGGAAUCAGUGGACAAUGGGCAUCCAAUCAACACGAAUGAAACAGUGAAGAAUCAAAUUGCCAAUACAGAGGAACUUCGGUCACCAGUCUUCAAGCGAAGCAGUGUCUUGAACACUGAGGAACACACUCAAAGAGCAUCCAGACCAGCACCUGUAGGGAGAGAAGAAAACAGUUUCACUCCUCCUGGUGCAGCAUUAGGGGUUGUACAAGACGUGCUUGAAGACAGUGUCCCUCCAGGAGUGCCUGAGCUGUUCCCGAGUGCCCUGGGGGACAGCAGUGUCUGGCAGCCUGUGUCCCCAGGUGCUGAGGCCACAUCUGAUAACCAUGAGACUGCAGGGCCGUGUUCAGAGAAUGGUGACUCUGUUUUGCUUGACAUCAGUGGUGAUGGAGGAAAAGGAUCUUCCAGUAUAACAAAACAAACAGACAAUGAAAGUAUGUGUGAAGAUCAGGGAGAGUUACGUAGACUCUUGGAUUUCAUGUCAGAAAAUGAAGUAUUGCCUGCUGAUGGAAAUAACUCUGUAGCUAAUGAGAGCAAAAGCUGUGAAGGAAAUCAAAGUGACACUAGUAGCUUAAAUCUCUUUCCUACAGAUCUCGCUCUGGGCAAUGUUGAAGAACCGUUGGAGAAUCAAAAACCUGAAAUUCAGUCAAGACUUUCUGAUCCAGAAAAGGUGGCAGCUCCUGAAAGCGCAUUGAACUCUUGCACUGUGGUUGAAGGGCUUCUCUUUCCCGUAGAGUACUACGUCAGAACAACUCGACGCAUGUCUAAUUGCCAGAGGAAAGUGGAUCUUGAUGCUGUAAUUCUCAGCCAGCUGGGCAGAAGCAAGAAAGCUCAGCGAAGUAAGUGUAAGCAGAAAGAUGCAAAUUCAGAUCGGCCCUCCCAAGAAAGAGCUGAAAAUGAUUUGGAGUCAGAGGUCAUACCGUUCCCUUUUCUUGGUGCAGAAAAUGAUCCAGCAAAUUCAAGUAGUCCUCAGAAAUCUCUUCCUGCCUCCAGUGGUAGCAGCACGUCACUCGGAUCGAUUUCUCAAAGCAGUAUCACUGGCACAAAGGGAGAUCGGAGACGAUUGCAGAGGAAACAAAAGGGAAGAAGAAAAUCUACCUGCAAACCCUCUGUGCAUCAGGUGUCACAGGAACUUAUAGAGAGUUUGGAUCUCAUACCACCAAGAGACAGCAGUAGUCUGCUGUCAAAUGAGUGUCAGAGUGAAAAGGGAAACUGUGAGGCUAAUCUUGAAAAGUCAUCUUCAGAGGAGAGAAGGUUGUCUGCUGCUGCAGCUCUUGGUUCUGGAGAGCCAGAAGUGGCUGGUGCUCUACAGCCAGCGAGCCCUGGUCCUUCUCCCAGAGGAAGCCAAGUGCUUGGCAAAUGCCGUAAGACUCUGUUAGAACAGGUUCAAAAUCCAGUUCAGAACAAGGAUUCUCUGAACCCAGGAAGUGAGACUUUUGGCAGCCAUGCAGGAGAUCUGGAAGCCAACUCAAGUGCGUGUCAAGCUGAUAAACAUCCAGUGGAGCAUGUUAAGAGUCAGCACGUGCAAGGAGCCUGCGGGGCUGAGCAGCCCCUAGCAAUUAAUGUCCCUCUGCGCCGCUCCCUGCGCUCCUCGGCAAGACAGAGCACCAGCCAAAUCUCAAAAGAUGAAAGCAAAAGAGGACGUAGCUGCCCAAGGGGUUCAGAGGACCCUGCUUCUUUUGGCCUCCCUGCUCUGGACCCCGACAUUUGCAGCUCUCUCUUCUCCUUUCGCAGUCUCCAGUGGCUUGUCCCCAAACUGGGUAUCAGAGACUUUCACUUACCAGAUGAGGAAUUUGGAGUGCUAAAACUUGAGAAAUUACAAUCUUCCCCUGUGAAUGACUUGGAGGUUUUUGUUCCUACUGUGUUUGGAGAUGGUGCAGCCUCGGAGAACACACAAGAUGUACAAAUGAAUCCAGAAGAAAAAGGACUCAAAAGUAAUUUGAUUUCACCUUUCAAAAAUGGAUCGCCCAAGCUACCUCAUGUAGAAAGCCCAACUUCCAAGAAAGAACAUUCCACCCAUGCACUGUUCUUUACUCCCACGGGGACUGCCUUAGCUGGGGCUCCUACUCAGCCUGAGUCUCCAAAUUCCUCAUAUGUUUUCCCCAUUGUGGGUGCAACCCCAGCUGUUUUACCAUCAGUGGGCAGUGAGGUCUUCCCCAAGGCACCUUCUGUACCUCCCUCGCAAGCGAGCCUGCAUCCCUCCAAAGGAGCAUCUGCCCAGGUGGUGGAUGAUGGGGAGUGCAAAGACUCUGCCGUUCCACUGCACUCUGCUGGAAAAGAGGAGGAACAAAGUACAACGUUUCAUUUAGAAACUGAAAGAGUUCCCCAUAAUAAAUCUGAUGAGACUGUGACCUUGGAGAAGCAUCAGCAACCAGAGAGCAAACAGCAGAGAUCCUGCAGGGCUUCUCCUGAACAGAGGAAAGAUGAAGCAGAACAGUUGAGUCCAGUACUGCUCGAUGGCCUGAGAGAAGAGAGCUUGCAGCUUGUAUCAAAGCUAAAGGAUUGUUCUGGUUCCUGUGCUGUGGAUGUGAGUACCAUGUGGUGGGAUGCAGCUGGUGGCAGAGAGCUGUGUGUGGUGACAGCCUGUGAGAAUUCUGUCUCCUUGUGGAAACCUCUGGCAUCUGACCGCUGGGGAAAAGUCUAUACUUGGCAGAUUGGAAAGAUUCCUGUAAUACAGAUUGUUCCUCUGCCGGACACCUGUAAUCUUGUGUGUGUAGCAUUGGGAGAUUUGGAGAUUGGAGAAAUAAGGCUCUUGCUUUAUUCCUCUGAGAAUGACUCAUUCAAGCAGUCACUAGUAAAAACUGGAAAUAUAAAAGCUGUUCUUGGGCUAAAGGAUAGGAGGCUGGUCAGCAGCAGCAGGACUGUGCAAGAGCAGCAAGUGGAAAUAGUAUCGUUUUCAGAGACAGGAAGGAGCAAGGACGGACAGACUUUGAUGCCCCCUGAAGAAACUGUUUUAGCUUUUGCUGAAGUAGAAGGAAUGCGAGAGGCCUUGGUGGGCACCACCGCAGUGAACAGCAUCGUUGUUUGGAAUUUGAAAACAGGCCAGCUCCUGAAGAAGAUGCACGUUGGUUAUUCCUACCCAGCUUCCAUCUGCCAUCGAGCAUAUUCCGACUCUGGCCUUCUGUUUGUUGUUUUAAGCCAUCCCCAUGCCAAAGAGAGCCAGUCCUGUGGAAACCCCGCCUUCCGCGUGGUAGCGUUCAACCCCAAAACAGCCAGGAGCACGGGGGUGAUGUUCUCCUCCCUCCCACCAGGCCAUGCUGGAAGGUACCUGGAGGGUGAUGUGAAGGAUGCUUCAGCCGCCGCCGUGCUGACGUCGGGCGCCAUCGCCGUGUGGGACCUGCUGCUGGGGCAGUGCACGGCCCUGCUGGCCCCGGACCCAGAGGGGAGCUGGGCGCUGGCCCGCUGGGCCACCACCAGUGCCUGCCUGCUGGCCGGGCAGCGGGACGGCACCGUCUGCCUCUACCGGUACCUGGAGGGUGAUGUGAAGGAUGCUUCAGCCGCCGCCGUGCUGACGUCGGGCGCCAUCGCCGUGUGGGACCUGCUGCUGGGGCAGUGCACGGCCCUGCUGGCCCCGGACCCGGAGGGGAGCUGGGCACUGGCCCGCUGGGCCACCACCAGUGCCUGCCUGCUGGCCGGGCAGCGGGACGGCACCGUCUGCCUCUACCGGUACCAGCAACCCCAGCCCGGAGCGGCCUGA